GCAGCCCCGACACUGUAAACGGCUCAGCGACUGAAGACAUGGUCCUUCUCCUUUGCCUGUGCGUCUUGCUGUGGGAAGAGGUUCACGGAUGGGGCUACAAGAAUGGAAUCUUUCACAACUCCAUAUGGCUUGAACAAGCUGCGGGCGUGUACCACCGAGAAGGUCGGGCUGGCAGAUACAAGCUCACCUAUUCAGAGGCCAAGACCGUGUGUGAGUUUGAAGGCGGCCGCCUCGCCACCUACAAGCAGCUGGAAGCAGCCAGAAAAAUUGGAUUUCACGUCUGUGCUGCUGGAUGGAUGGCCAAGGGUAGAGUUGGAUACCCCAUCGUGAAGCCCGGGCCCAACUGCGGAUUUGGGAAAACUGGUAUUAUCGAUUAUGGAAUCCGGCUCAACAGGAGUGAGCGAUGGGAUGCCUAUUGCUACAACCCACAUGCCAAGGAGUGUGGUGGCGUCUUUACAGACCCAAAGCGAAUUUUCAAAUCUCCAGGCUUCCCAAAUGAGUAUGACGACAACCAGGUCUGCUACUGGCACAUUCGACUCAAGUACGGUCAGCGCAUUCACCUGAGCUUUCUGAACUUUGACCUUGAGGAUGAUCCAGGCUGCCUAGCUGACUACGUUGAGAUAUAUGACAGCUACGAUGAUGUCCACGGCUUUGUAGGAAGAUACUGUGGUGAUGAACUUCCAGGAGACAUCAUUAGCACAGGCAACGUCAUGACCUUGAAGUUUCUGAGUGACGCCUCCAUCACAGCUGGAGGUUUCCAGAUUAAAUAUGUCACAGUGGAUCCUGCGCCCAAAUCCAGCCAAGCCAAAAACACAAGUACGACUGGGAAUAAAAAAUUCUUAGCUGGACGAUUUAGCCAUCUAUAA